AUGGCCGAGAAAGCAACCCUGGAGCGUAUUGAGAAUAGCGAGACCAACAUUUCUUUCGUCGACCAUGAUCUGAAAGAGAAGGAUGUCAAACUGGACUACUCUGGCGCUCACGAGAAAAGUUCUCCCGAGGAAAUAAGGCUCGUGAAGAAGCUUGAUUGGUGGAUUAUGCCAACUCUUUGGUUAAUGUUCUGGCUCAACUAUCUGGAUCGAAAUGCCAUUGCGCUCGCGCGGCUCAAUGACCUAGAAGAGGAUCUUAAUCUCAAGUCCACCGAGUACCAGACCUGCGUUUCAAUUCUGUUUGUUGGCUACCUUGUAGGUCAGAUUCCGUCCAACAUGAUCCUCACUCGCGUCCGCCCGUCAUACUGGCUUAGUCUCUGGAUGGCUGUCUGGGCUAUUGUCUCAGCUCUGACUGCCCUCGCCCACAAUUACACUGGCUUACUGCUCACUCGCCUGUUCCUUGGUGUUACUGAAGCCCCCUACUACCCUGGAGCGCUUUACCUUCUUUCAGCCUUCUACACACGCAAGGAAGUCGCUACUCGUAUUUCUAUUCUCUACACUGGCAACAUUAUUGCGACUGCAUUUGCGGGGCUUAUCGCUGCCGGCGUCUUCGACGGCCUCGACAAGACUCGCGGAAUUGCCGGCUGGCAAUGGCUUUUUAUUCUCCAAGGCGCUGUUACUUUUAUGGUAGCUCUCGGCGCAGUAUUCACUCUACCAGACAACCCUCUCACGACUCGUUGGCUCACGCCUGAAGAGCGCCAAACCCUUGGCUUCAACACGACCAUCACGUUGGUGCUCACAUGCCCGCCAUACCUCAUUGCGGGUCUGACAUCCAUUUUCUGGUCAAUAUCAUCUGGCCGGUUCAAUGAGAGGACGUGGCAUAUCACGGUGGCCAAGAUUAUCGCUAUCGCUGGAUUCGUGACGGGUUGCGCGACGCUCAAUACAGGCGUGCGGUAUUUUGCUAUGUUCGUCUUCACUAUCGGCACAUACGCGGUGAAUAGCAUUAUUCUCGGCUGGGUUGGGAGCACCUGUGGGCAAACGCAGGAGAAGAAGGCUUCGGCGUACAGCAUCGUCAAUUCGGUUGCCAACGUCAGCUUCAUUUGGACCCCGUAUCUUUGGCCGGAGAGCGACGAGCCGCGAUAUGCCAUUGCCAUGGGUUCCAGCGCAGGAUUUUCUCUGGCGUGUAUGCUUGCUGCCUGGGGCAUGAGAUGGAACUUGAAAUGGCUCAACGGCAGGCUCCGUCGAUCAGACAACGAGCGCACGCUAUUCUAUGUUGUGUGA